UAAUGUGGGAUAGAGCCUACUGCCCUGUAAAAGAUCAACCGCAUGCUUUCCUUUCAGUUUCUGUUCUCCUCACUAUCCACUUGUUUUGGGCCGUGAUUAGACGUGUUUGCGUCUUUGAGCAAAAUAAAGAAGAACAGUGAAUAAAAGUAUACUUAGACUAUCAAAAAUGUCACUUCGCCGUUUGACGUUGGUCAUCCUUGUUGUGUUCAUCACCACCGAAGCUGCUUCAGGUGAAGAAAUAAAGAAAGCAGUGGGUGAUGCGGUGUGUUUUCGUCCGAACAGAAUAGAUCCUCCUGCCAGCAGCAUUAUGUGGAAACACAGAAACAGCAGUGGAGUUCUUCUCAAAGUGAUUGAAUGGGAUUGUAAUGGUUUUUCCAUCCCGAAUCAGAGAUUCAAAGACAUCACAACUCUGGAUAAGGAGACUGGAGAAAUCACUAUACGUGAUUUAAAUGUAAAGCAUAGUGGACUCUAUACCAUCAACAUCAACAGUAAAGAGCAGGAACAAAGAUUCCACUUGGAAGUUUUGGAGCGGGUCCCUAAACCUGUGAUAAAAACACAGAAGUCUAUUAACCCUGAUGCUGUGUAUUUAAUAUGCGAGUACAGUGAAACGAUCAUCUGGAAGAAUUCUGCUGGAAAAACACUGAAGGGAUUAAAGCUACAUCUGAAAGGAGAGUUUAUCAUGGUUGAAAAACAAGGUAAUCCUGAAAACUUCUACACAUGCACACUCGAGAACGCCGUGAGUGAAGCGACCAGUGAUCCGGUCUAUGAGAGAGAUCUGUUUAAUGGUGAGACAGUAAAGAAACUCCAUACAACAUAA